AUGGCCCCAGAGGUUCAUUUCUCGUAUGUCUCUCCGUUCACGGUUCCAUUUCCCUUCGAGAUAGAGCCUCCAAACACUCCCGAACCUGUUCAAGACAAAGCUGCAUACAUCGAGCAGUGGUUAAGUGCAAGAGAGGCCAAAGUUGUGCGAAACACAGUCGGGAAUGGCGCAAUGAAGGUCUAUUACCCGGAGAAUAGAGAGACACGUAGGGAAUUGCUUGGGUUAUCUGAAAAUGCGCUCAAGGACUGUGUACCCGCGUUGGACGUUGGAGACGCCUUUGCGACGCUGGGUGUACCGUGCUUGGCGACACCUGACGACGAAGGCGCUCCUACUCCUUCAAGCUCAGAGGAUAUCGUGGCCGUGCGGCGGGAAUUGGUUGAUGUCCUAAGUGGUUACGCCGUUCUGGGUACAGACAAUACAUUUGCACCUUGGUCUCUACGCUACAGCGGGCAUCAGUUUGGAUCUUGGGCUGGGCAGCUUGGAGACGGGAGAGCGAUCUCAAUUUUGGCGACACCCCAUCCAUCCGAUCCUGAUAUCAUUUUUGAACUGCAAUUGAAAGGUGCUGGACGCACUCCGUUCUCAAGAACGGCAGACGGGCUUGCUGUCCUUCGAUCAUCAAUUCGAGAGUACCUUUGCUCUGAAGCAAUGCAAGCAUUAGGCAUCCCAACCAGCCGAGCCCUGAGCAUCGUGUCACUCCCUGAAGUACAAGUGGCCAGGGAGCGCAUGGAAUAUGCUAGUGUUGUCACACGCGUAGCACCUUCCUUCAUUCGCAUCGGCUCGUUCGAAGCCUUCAACGGUCCCGCUAAUAUGUUCUUUUUUGGCGGCGGCCAACAAGAACCCCAUUGGGACGGCCUGCGAAAGCUUGGUGAGUGGGUGUCAACACGGGUGCUGAAGUUGGGUGGGGAACCAGGCGAGGCUUGGGGCGAACGGCUAAUAAUGGAAGUGGCGAAACGGAAUGCGAGAAUGGUCGCGGGGUGGCAGGCAUACGGGUUCAUGCAUGGUGUGAUUAAUACAGACAAGUACGCUCUAGAUUAG